AACAGGAUACACAGUAUGCACUGGGAGAAAACUCCACCAUCUACUCUGGCCAGGUCCAGGCCUUAUCAAGGUGUCAGGGUCAGAGACCCAGUUAAAGAGCUGCUGAGGAGGAAGAGGAGCCUGGAGCUGCACAGCACCAAAACAGCACCUUCUUUGGACGAGGUUCAACGCAACAACCAGUCCACAUCCGCACAAGCCAUCUUUGGCUCCGGUGCUGCCGGCAGCACCACAGCUGAGCUGCCAGCUGCAGCUGAAGAUGGACCGCAGCAGUGCACGGGAUGGAAAACUCCAUCCACGGCCACCGGUGCUGCCAUGACAACGUGGUCGUCACAUGAAUACUGCCAGCAAGAACCCUCGGCCCAGACUCUGGCCUACCCAGCCACCAGCCUCACUGCUGACUUGUACAUGCAGACUCUGUGCCCCAGCUACACCAUGCUGACCUACACACACACACCACUGCUCACCAACUUCGGGACCAUACCAGUGGCCCCAGCACCUGCCUCCCUCCCUCAGAUGGAGCUCCAAGACUCAGGGUUGACCUAUCUCCCUUGGGCGCAGCCUCUUACCACCAUAUCUACUGUGCCCACCGCGGGGGUCCAGUUCGCUCCCGGCACUGCAGCAGCCCUGUCCACCCCCCCUCUGAUGCAGAUGCCUUUGUCCAUGUCGUUGACCACCAUGAUCCCUCAGCUGGAGCCUCAUGGUCCAGACCUUCAUCCUCACAUCCUUGACCUGCCACAGCGUUCAGAACUGGAUGAAGAUGCUGGGAUAGAGCCGGGAUCACCAAACCUACUGGACAAACUUCUGGAGGAUCAGAAAGAAGAUGGAGAGGAGGAGAGCAAAGACUCAUACAGUAGCUCACUCUUCAUACCCAAUGUCUAAAAGAACCAGUUAUUUCUUCUGUACAGAGCAGUAUCAGUAUUUACUUUACUCUUCUGGUUUUUCUCAGGGGGCCUUUUUUUAACAGACCUUAAGUGACUUAUUCACAAUUAUUAUAACAUUAAAGGCACAGUGAAGUGUGACUGUAUGAUAUACUGACACAUGUUCAGUGUUGCGUGACAGCUUGAGACAUGGACGUUUGCUCUCACUGAAAAUGAAAUCUAAUUCUAGCCACUCAACAAAAAGUUCACACAAUCAAAGCCUGCUUUAAUGAAUGCUGUUUGAUCUG